AUGAUGUUGAUAUCGAACCGCGUGAAGCUGUGCUCGCUGGCGUUUACUGCCGCAAGACUAUGCAGCAGCGGCCCGGCGUCUGCCAACAGCAACCCGACGGUAUACUUCGACAUUUCGGCCGACAACGAGCCUCUCGGAAGGGUAACUUUCGAGCUCAACGCUGAAGUUGUGCCAAAAACCGCAGAAAACUUUCGGGCUCUAUGCACAGGCGAGCAGGGUUUUGGCUACAAGGGCUCCACGUUCCAUCGGGUCAUCCCUCAAUUCAUGUGCCAGGGUGGCGAUUUCACAAACCACAACGGAACCGGCGGGAAGUCCAUUUACGGGUGGAAGUUUCCAGAUGAAAACUUCAAGCUAAAGCACACUGGACCUGGCAUCUUGUCAAUGGCCAAUGCAGGACCCAACACCAACGGGUCCCAGUUCUUCAUCUGCACCAGUAAAACUGAAUGGCUGGAUGGUAAGCACGUGGUCUUUGGCAGCGUGAAGGAGGGAAUGGACGUGGUAAAAAAAGUGGAGACUUUCGGCUCGCGAUCCGGGCGCACAUCGAAGAAGAUCACCAUCACGGACUGCGGCGAGCUCAAGUAG